AUCCCUCUCUUCCUCCAUCCCUCUCUUCCUCACUUCAGAGAUUGAUAGCUUCUCUGACCAAUCCCAACCGGGCUCCACCCAUCUGACCUUUACCCAUCAACCAAUCCCAGGCAACACAGCCAAACAGGCCGACUCCUCGCCCCUCGUCUUCCAUCACGGGGGAGCCGCCCACAUUUCUGGUCGUGGCUGCCUGGCCCCAAGUCUCCGCCCCCCAGGGCUGGUGACCGCCCCCCUCAGCCCCCAGCUAGUCAACCCCCAACAGAUAGUCAUGGCCCAGUUCCUCAACCAGCAGUAUGCAGUCACCCGAAUGUUAUCCCAGCAGAGCCUGUCUGUAUCUGUCUCUACCUCCCCCCAGCAGUUCCUCAACCACCCCUCUGUGGGGAGGCCUCCCACCUCCCUGGCCCUAGCCAAGGCCCUSGACCCCCAGCCCCAGGCUGGACCACCAGGACCCGGGUCUGGGUCCCAGAGCCAGGUGUGUGGACCAUCAGACAUCUACUAUGAGAUCUACCAGUGGGUGAGAGAGGAGCUGAAGAGAGCAGGCAUCUCCCAGGCUGUGUUCGCCCGCGUGGCCUUCAACAGGACCCAGGGCCUGCUGUCUGAGAUCCUGCGUAAGAGGAGGAUCCGAAGAGUGCCUCUCAGUCUCUCUGGUCAACCUGGCGUCCAUGCAGAGUUUCCUCCAGCUACUGAGAGCGACCGCGACGUAUCUACCAGGAGGAGAGGGAGAGGAGUCUGACAGCGUCAACACCCAUUCACCCAACAACA